CUCCCGCAGUGGACAACGACACACCAUCUACCUACACCUGCGGCAGCGCGAUACGACUCACGAAGCGCAUUUUCCCGGACGUGAAGGCUGGAGCGACGUGUAUUGAACAUAUGGCCUAAACCACUCAGCGCCGCGGCCGAACGAACAGACCGUCCCCAAGCUUUAAGCCCCCCGUAUCAAUCGACAUGUCGACCGCCGCAGAAAUGGAGGAGGAGGCGGAGCUGGAGGCGACUGAAGGAGCAUACGCAGAGGCGUCGAUGAACGGUGCGGAUACGGGCGCGGCGACACAGCAAGGAGCAGACGCGGGCAACAAAUUCCAGCAAGCCGUGGCAGCAUGGCGAUCGCUAGACUUGACUGCGCUCGUCUCGACAUUGGACGCCACGGCAGAGGACAUGGUUCAGCAGCAGAAGGACUCGCUGGUAAAGAGAAAAGAGCUGGCGACGCGCACCAAGGAAUUCCGCAAAAUGGACGAUAAUGCCAAACUUUCCGAGGUCAUGGGGCUGCUCAAGAUGUAUCAAGGCUAUAUCGACCUGCUCUCGAACCAAAAUAAGGCCGUGUCUGCUGCCUUCAUGUCCGCUUAUUCUCCACUCUCCGAAGCGCCGGACCCAUACCCAUUGCUAGAGGCGUCUAUCGAUUCACUCGUGACUGCAGACGAAGUCGUGCCGAGGCUGGAGUCGGAGAAUGAACGACUGCAGAAGCAGGUCGCAAAGCAAAACACCCAACUGGAAGAUCUGGAGAAGCAAUUAGACCACGAGCGGAAUAAAAGGCAGUCAUUUGAAGGAUCACAAGACAGUAAGAUCAAGGAAGUGGAGGAAUCGUGGUCCGCCGUACUUAAGGAGAAAGAAGACAAUUGGUCCGCGAAAGAGCGCAGCUUUGAAGAGAAGGUCGAGAACCAGGACCGCCUGCUCAAGGAGCUGAAGGCCAGCUACGAAGUGUCACAGAGGUUGGAGCGGACGGGCGAAGACAGUCAGGAUACUGGGCGAAACGCAGCGGCAGCGGCAGAGCUCGAAAUUGUCAACCAGGAAUUGGAGAGGACGAACAUUAGACUGGCUGAAGUGGAGGCUAGGAAUGAACAAUUGCGGACAGAACUCGCGCAAUCUGCAGGGCAAUCGAGCUCCUCCAAAAGCACCUCUGUGGAAGACGACCCGGCCUACCUUCGUUUACGCUCUGAAAAUUCCUCGUUAAUACGGCGACUAGACACUGCGAGACACGAUCGCGACUCAGACAAGACUAAGUUGGAAAGCACGCUGCGCAGCUUGGAACGAGAGUUGAGCGCACUCAAAGCCGAUCGUGAUGCGCUGCAAAGCAAGGUACAGAAAUGGCGAGACUAUGAAGAAGUCAAGCGUGAGCUGGAAAUGCUACGCGCAAUCGAAUUCUCCAGCAUAGACGAGGCAGAUACGUCGGAGACAACUCACACGAACGGCAAAGCGGGCGAAAGCCUGGAGCAGCUUCUUGUUGCGCGCAACAAGAAACUGAGUGACGAAUUGACUGAGUUGAGAGUGUCCCACAGAGAACUGCAGCAAAGACUGGAACAGCUGCAAGAAGAUCUCUCGAACACUAACAUGGAGCUUGAGCAAACGCAGAAGCUGAACGCCACAUUGGAGAAUGACCUUCAAAAGACCCAGCAGGAAGCCAGCAAUGCCUUCGAGACCAUGUCUGUAGCUGGCACCUAUACGUCGCGGUAUCCAAAAUCGCACUAUGGCAGUCGGAGAGGACGAGCAGCCUCGCCGACAUCGUCCAUCAUCGGCGGCUUUGAUCCUACAGACAGUGGCUCUCAAUCCCCUCGUCUGGGCAAUACUUUAGAAUCCUUGCGCGCUGGCGAAGGAGCUGUUGGCGGAUCUGGCAUUCUUCCAAUGGUCACUGCACAGCGUGAUCGCUUCAAGAAGAAGAUCGGCGAGAUGGAGCAAGAAUUGCAAAAGCAGUACCAGACCGUCUCAUCACUGCGAGGCGAAAUUGCGAGCCUGCAGAAGGACAACUUGAAUUUAUACGAGAAGACACGCUAUGUGAGCACAUAUAACCGAACUGCCACAAGCGGCGCAUCCUACGGCGGCAAUCCCAAUCCGUCAACGGUUUCCGUCGGAGGCAGUGAUGACCGCUAUCGAUCUGCGUACGAAGCCAAUAUAUCGCCUUUUCAAGCCUUCCGAGGUCGCGAAUCUGCGCGUGCGUUGAAGCGGAUGUCAUUGCCAGAACGAGCGGUCUUCCAAUUCACACGCAUGAUGCUCGCGACGAGGACAAGUCGGAAUCUGUUUGCGUUUUAUUGUGUGGCGCUGCAUCUUCUCGUGUUUGUCAUGCUUUACUCCAUGGGCAGUGCUCACACGGCAGCUCAUGCUAGCAGUCUCAGCACGAGUAGCCUGAAAGAACAAGUCGAGGCUGUUGCUGCAGCAGGAGGCGCCGAGGCCCAUGGCGAUUGGAAGGCGCAAGAGUUUAACGCUGCUGAUGGGUAGACAUCUUCACGUAUGCAACUCAGCGAAAGAAGCGCGUUGUUUCACUUACCAAAAGCCAAGAUCGGAUCGAACAUUCUACAACCACAGGGCCGUUCUUCUAGAGAACGCAAUUCGCGUUAGACGCAUAUUCUUCUGGAGGACGCAAUCAGUGUUAGACGCACAUUCUUCUAGACCGUACAAUCGGUGUAGUAAUUACUAUAUGCGCGCUGUUUGGCAUCACACAAUCGGUACUAUAUGCGCGUUCUUCUGCAUCGCACAAACCGGUGUUAUAUGCGCGUUCUUCUGAACCGUACAGUCGGUGUUGUAUGCGCGUUCUUCUGGAUUAUCUGCGUUCUAAAAGUGUGGUUGAGAUUGGAGUGACGUGGCAGUGCGCAACGGACCUAGCUGUACUGGUGACUUCAACCCCC